AUGACUGAUGAUUCUUUGAAUCUACCUAGUCGUGUUUCAAUGGAUGAUAGUAGUAUAAAUUUGAAUGAUGAUUUAGUGGUUCCUUCGGAAAACUCAUCCAAUUCAGUACUAUCCAGCACCAGCAACGUCAAUACCAGGACCCCCACCACUAUCAUAACCAAUAACAACAACAACAACCAUAUUCACCGUGGACACAGACGUACUGGAUCAGCAAUUUCAACUAAUUAUAGAACUAGUAUUGACAAUGAAAGUUAUAUUCUGUCAGGGACUUUUUUCAAUUUUGCAAACCUAGAGGAUCAAAAAGAUGAUAUAUACUCGCCAUUGGGUCCCAAUUCCAUUUAUGCAUUAACAAUCGGAUCAGAUAUUGCUAGAGCCAAACGUCAUCGAGCUCCAAAAACAAAUGUGACAUUAAUUGGAGGGGCUACUACUAUAUAUCAUGUAAAUACACCUACAACGAAAGAUAUACCGCAAAUUCAAUUAGUCAAAUUGAAAAAUAAAGUUUCCAGCAAAGAAUUGGAUGAAAAAUAUGUGAAAAAUAUUGCUUCAGAGUAUAAAAAGUUUGAAUCAAGUUAUAACCCUUUAACUGAAGAUAUAUUACUGAAAUUAGCUCAAAAUGAACGUAAAUCCAGCAUUACUUCUUCUACUUCAUCGUUACCAUCGCCAUCACCAUCGUCUCCUACAACAAUUGACAAUCUAAAAGGGUUAUCAACUCAAUUAGACGCUAUUCCUCAAGUUUUUCAAGAGCUGGAUUUCCGGUUAGAUGACCCCAGAGUGUUUAAACAAGUAUUGAAAGGCACUACGCUAAUGUUUGAUGAAAAUGAUCCUAAUCUGAGUAUCACUAAUAAUACAGAAUUACAAGAAAAGUUAUCGGAUUAUUUGGAUAUUGUGGAAAUGAAUUUAGUAGAUGAGAUUGCUAAAUCUUCUGAUUCAUUUUUCAGCACAUUUGGAGAUAUUGAAAAUAUUCAAAAGAAAUCAACCGAAUGUGUUACCAAUUAUCACACUCUUAUGAAUAAGAUUGAUCAAUUAGAGAAAAAUCAAUCACGUAAGGGUCUUGAUAUAUUGCAUAAAAUGAUUGAACGGAAAAAUGUUGAAACUCUCGAACAGUCAUUAUUGCAAAUACAGUACAUAACAUCAUUAUUUCAACUAGCUAACAAAUCAUUCACUCAUGGUGAUUAUUCUAAAGGUUUGAAUCAAAUAUCUGCCGUGGAAAAUUUGUUAAAAGGGGUUGACCAUGAGGAUAUUACUGAUGAAGAAACCCAAAAAAUAUAUCCAAAACUAAAUCUUAUUGAUUUGUCAUAUUUGCCAGCAUUUAUUCAUUUACAGAAUGAUUUGGCAACUCUUAAACGUGAAUGUUCCAAAGGUUAUAUUGAUGGGUUUGUUGAGUUAUUAGUAGAAGACUUGAGACUGCAUUUCAAUAAUGUUCCUGUCAAGGAUACUUUGAACAGAAUAUAUGUGAAUAAAGAUAAAACCAAGAAAUACAACUCCAAUCCAAUUAAUACCACUUAUCUCAAUUUUGAUGAAACAACUAAAGCUACUUUGCGUGAAUUCGUUAGUAAUUUGGCCAAAGCAGGAUCUUUAUCACAAGCAUAUUCCAACUACCAAUCAAAAUUCAUUACUGAAAUCAAAGACAUCAUUAAACAAAAUUUACCAUUACAAAAACUGACAGAUAUGUCCAACACUUCAUCACGAGCAUCGCCAAUUUCAAAUGCGGAGCCAGUACCACCAAAACAAUCAAAUGCAUUAAGUUCAAAUAUAAAAACAUUAACACCCAAAGAGUUUGAAAACAUGCUUUCCAAGACGUAUGCACAACUUUCGGAAUGCUUAAGAAGACUCACAGUGCAUCAGAAAUUAUUAUUGGAUAUUGCAUUGACAAGUAUUCCACCAACUAGUGACAUAGACAUUAUGUCUUUGGAUAUUACUAAUGCCAUUCAUAAGGCUAUAGAAUUGACUCAAAUCAGAUUAAUGAAAGUUAUUAAUGUGCGACUGGAACAGACUGGUGAUUUGCCAAUUCCAUUUUAUUUCCGGUUAUAUUCUAUUACAUCGGCUUAUUUACAAGAAUGUGAAAUGAUUAAUCCGGCAUUUGCAUUUAAUGGUGCUGGGAAUGUGUUGAGUGAAUGGUUCAAUAACCAUGUCAAUUAUUUUGUUCAUAGAGUUCAUGUCAACUCUGUGAAAAGUAUGAUAAAUGAAUGUAUGAAGGAAAAUUGGAAAAUCACUGAUAAAUCAGAUUUAUUUGCUCCUGCGCAAACUAUUAUCAAUGAGUUUAUCGGAUAUGGGGAGUAUAUUACCCUGAACGGAUCAUCUGGGUUUUCUGGAGAUACAUGGUUGAAAGAUUUUGAUUUUUAUGAAUCAGAUGAUCAAGAAAAGGAUACGACUGAAGAUAAAAAUGGUGGUGAAGCACUGUCUCUGUCUGGGUCUGGGUCCGGUUCUGGGUCUGUAUCUACUAAAAAGCUUACUAUUGGGGAACAAGAGUUCCUGGUUCCUAGUUUGGUAUUAAAAGCCUUGCCACACAUUAAAGAUUAUCUUGUGAUCAGUAAAGCAUUCCCCAAUUAUACAUCGACCAUAGAAAAUAAUUUACUUACAUAUUUCAAGGACAUGAAUUCUAAGGCAUCACAAGCUGUUCUUGGGGCAGGAGCUACCAAAACUGCUGGGUUGAAACACAUAACAGUUACAAAUAUUUGUGUAUGUUAUUUGUUUCUUGAAGUCGUUAUGAAAAUUAUGGAUAUACUUACUGUUUCUGAAGUGGAUUUUGAUGAUGUUAUGGGUAGUUAUAAAGAACAUCAAAAUCAAUUAGUUUUAAAAAUUGGUAUGAUUGUUCGAGAUCGUGGUGCUUCAGAGACAGUUGGAAAAAUAUUACAUCGAGUUUUAGGUGAUGAAAGAGCAGAAAGGAUUAUGUCUGAAUUGGGUAUAGGAACACCACAACCAGUAUCUCAAGAAUAG